UGUUGUUUGUGACAGAAUGUAUCAGCUGAUGCUGAGAACAGGACAACCAAAUACAAGUUUACGGCAAUAUAUUGUGAGCAAGAGAUUUGAUCUCCUUUUCCCUCGAGCAGCUGCAUACUUAGAAAAUCCAGGUCAUUUUAACCUAAAUCAGCGAACUGAGGGAGUGGACAAAUAUUUAGCUGACCUUUCUGCACUCCAGAAUCUGUCUGCUCUGUCUCGCCAGAUCAACACCGAUUUAUCUAAUUUAUCUGACCAUAAAUACAUAGCUCAUCAAAUGGCAAUACUCUAUCAAUCGUUGAACAAUGUAGGGCAUACCUUAUUAGAUCCAUACAAAAAGAGCAUAGAGGAGAACUUCAAGUCCAUUAAAACCACACUCAGUGAAGACAGAGAGACUGGAGGAAAACAGCUGUAUCCUGAACAAUUAGAAUGGUUUCUGAAUUUAACUAGUGGCAUAGUCAACACGAUCAACAGCUUUCCUCCAGAGUUAACAGCUGAGAUGUCUCAACCUGCCAAUAUUAUCAAGAAUACCUCUACAUAAACUUCAGGAACCCCUGAACCUCAAAUAACUUCAAUUACAUUUUCUCUUAUCCUCCAAAGGACCUUGCUGUAGAUUUCAGACAUACAUGAUUUAACGCAAGUUGAUGUCAGAAAAAUGUUCCAGCUACCACCCUCAAGAGAAUCUCAAUGAAAAUCACAGCCAUCUGUUAUCCUUAGUGGUUUGGAUUCAGACAAUGUAAUUAGGUCAAAUACAGACACAGAUGGAUGGUGAUAGAUAGCAGUAGGGUACUCCUAACACAGAGCUACUCAAGUCAGCUGACAUUCCCUUUUAUCCUCAUUUGUAUGGACAUGUAGUCCCAUUUUAAAAUGUACAUUUACCCACAUCUCAUGAAAGUAUUGUAUUUAUAAUUUAUAGAUCAUGAUGAUCAGAUCCCUUUUGUGUUCAGUGCAAUUCAUAAUUUUGAGUACAUGUAUUUCAUAUUGCUUCAAAAGCUUGUUAUAUUUAGGUCAUAUAUGUAUACAUAUGUCAGUACAUGUUAUUGUUGUCAACUACACUCCAUGAUCUCAUAGAACAACUACAUACCUGUAGCAGAACUAUGAACAAUAUAAUCUAUAAUUAUAGAUAGUAUCAUUCAUUGCCUUUUCCAAGAGUGCAUUUUUAUUAGUCAUUUCUUAGCUUAUUAAUGCAUGUAGGCUCUAUUUUUAAAACCCCCAUGAAAGAAAUGUUGCCAAUAUGCCUUAGCCUGUGUAACAAGCAUAAAUACCUAACUCGGUGUUUAAAACUAGUCCAUCUGUCCAUAACGAAUACACAUUCUAGAGUUACAGUAUAAAUUAGUUAUAGCAAAAUUGUACCACAUUUUUAGGCUUGCCUAAUCCUGUCCAUACAUAAAUGUGAUAGACAUGUAGAAUUCUCAAAUAUAAAACUGCUGAGAUUUGUUGUAUUGCUGUCAAAUUAUAACUUUGAAUUUUAUUUUCUCUGAUAAUUUUUUGUUUCUUUG